AUGUCCAACUGUAUUUUCUGUAAAAUCAUCAAGGGUGAUAUCCCUAGUUUCAAGCUCUUCGAGAGCGAUAAGACUCUUGCCUUCCUUGACAUUGGCCCCCUCAGCAAAGGCCACGCCCUUGUCAUCCCCAAGUACCACGGAGCAAAGCUUGCCGAUAUCCCCGAUGAAGACCUCGCUGAGGUUCUGCCUGUUCUCAAGAAGAUUGUCAACGCGACUGGUGCCGCCGACUACAACAUCCUUCAGAACAAUGGUCGCAUUGCCCACCAAGAAGUUGACCACGUUCACUUCCACAUGAUCCCCAAGCCCAACGAGGAGGAGGGCCUGGGUGUUACCUGGCCCACUAAACCUGCCAAUAUGGAACAGCUCAAGGCCUACUGCGAAGAGAUCAAGUCAAAGAUUUAG